AUGGCCGACUCUAUAGCGAUAUUCGGCGAAGGUACCUUCGAAGAGCAGGCAUGUUCAAUCAAUGACUUGUGGGAUCUGACUUAUACUGUCCAGAUCCAAGAGCUCGUGAACUAUCUCGUUAGAAACAAGCAGGAAGAAGAACGGGUGAUCUUCAUCCGACCAUUCCAAGACGCGCUCAAAGGCGCAAAGCCACUCGAUGAGGAUGAAGAGCGACGGAGAAAAGUAUUCUCCAUGGUUCUGGCCGAGACCAAAUCAUUGGGCGAAGGUUCAGAAAAAGAGAUCGAAGGUUUCUUCAAUCUAAUCAACGCCCAUCUACUCUCUCUCUAUACGCCCGACUCGCCAGAAACAAAACUGCAUGUAUCUGCUCUCAUAGCAAUCUUCUCCGCUUCAGAACAGGGCUUACUCAAGUACCGUUUGCUCUCUAACCUCUUCAAUGCCCUACCGCGCAAGUCUCCGCUGCGCCUCACUGUGUAUUCGACACUGCUAGAGCUAGCGAUCGCCAAUGAGGAAUUAGACGCGCUACAACUCACCCGAACCGACGUAGAAAAGUGGCUGCGCGAGUGGGAUGUGCCUGGGGAGCAAAAGAGUGUCUUCCUCAAAACCUUGGCUGACGCGUAUGAGAAGUUGGGUCAAAAACCAAAAGCAUACGAGUAUUCGAUAGCAUACGUCCGCUCGCUCACUCCUGGCUCUCCUACAGCAGAAUCCGCCGCCGUAGAGUUGAUCGCAACUGCCUUACGCCUACCCUUUGUCUUCGACUUUGACCCGCUUUUCAAAAUUGACGCUGUCGUCGCCCUCAAGGGUCACGAUGUCUUCUCACUCCUCCAAAUAUUCCUGAAUGAUGGACUGGUCCAGUUCAACGAGUGGAAGUCAACAAAUCCGGACGCCAUCUCAAAACACCAACUCGAUGGUCCGCAACUCGAGCGCAAAAUACGGCUCCUCACCCUCGCCUCAGUUGGUUUCCAAAAUAUAGGCCAAGAUCUACCCUACAACAAACUCGCCGAAGCUAUUCAGGUUCCGUCCAACGAGGUCGAACGAUGGGUCAUCGACGUAAUCCGCACUGGUCUACUCUCGGGCAAGCUUUCCCAGACCUCGCAAACGCUACACAUCACACGUGCCAAGUCUCGGUCAUUCGAGCGCGACCAAUGGGAGGCUCUGGAGAAACGGCUCCUCGCUUGGAAAACGGGGAUUGCAGGAGUGUUGGAUGUUGUGGCUCAGGCCCGCAAACAAGCCCCUGUUAUAACACAAACACCCAUUCCUACCGCCUGA